UUCUGUCCAACUGCAUUUUUUUCAGUUAAAAAAAGGUUUAAAUGCAUAAAAAGAUACCAUAUAUAUGUAGUACCUCUCUAUUAUAUGUACUCACUUUAACUUUUCAAAAACCUUUAUUUAUUUGUAAUUGUUCUGUUAUUUAAAGUGUCAAAAUAUCAUGUGGUGCGACCGUCCGGCCAUGACUGCGGUUUUGAAAACAUCUUUGAAAUGACUCUAAAUUUAUUCAAAUUUAUUUUAUGCCCUAUUCGGCAUUAUUUCCAAAGUGUUUUAUAGUCCUGAACAAAAUUGCAUAGCAUUUGUAUUUAUAUUUCCAUCAUAAUAUACAAACAAACUUUGUCCGAUGGAGUCGGUUUUAUGAAAUAUCAUGUGGUGCGACCAUCAAGAAACGACCAAUUUGGGACUUUUAUGUUGAAAUCCAUUCAAAGACUGGAAGUUGCAUGAUUUACCAGUUUGCCAAGGACCCAUGGAAGCAGCAAGCAGAUUUGCACUGCCAAGCAAAGUAAAAAGCACUCGCCAUAUUAAUUCUGACCCUGCAGCAAGAGCGGAGUACCUUGCUAUGAUAAGAGAAAGUGAUUUUUUGGAAAACUAUGCCUGCAAGUCCAUGGCACCAAAUGCAACACUGUCAGACAGCCUCCGCCAUCAUGAGCGGGCAGUGUGGGCAAUCCUGGAGCCCAUACUGAAAGAGUUUCGGGGAACCUGCCCACAGAUUACGGUUCUACACAUAAUCAGUGAUGGACCCGUUACACAGUACAGGAACAAAGCAAACUUUUACCUCCUUAGUACUGUGCCUUUCCUUUCUGGGUUCAAGCAUGUUACAUGGAAUUAUUCAGAAAAGUCCCAUGGAAAGGGUGCCCCGGAUGGCAUUGGCGGUGCCGUAAAGAGGGACACCAUGUGGCACACUGAGGAUCCCUCAAGCGCACCUGAGCCUCCAAGGGAACAAGCUAGUCUUCAAGACUUGAGUGGCAAGUUUGUGAUCGUAACCUAUGAUGAUCUUCCAUAUGUAGGCCAGGUCCUUGAGGUUGUGCGAGAGGAAGUCCAGGUUAGCUCCAUGCGGCAGGUGGGUGAAAAGAACUUAUUCAUGUGGCCACAAACUCCAAAUGUCAUUUUCUACUGUAAAAAAGAUGUUCAUGCUGUCAUCUCAGAACCUGAGCCAGCAACCUCACGCUACUCUAAGUUGAGCAGUCAAGAUUGGACAAAGUUCAGAAAUAACUGGGUUUAAUAAAUGCUUGCAGUUAACACAAUGUACCUCACUUUCACGUGGACAUUCCAAAUACCCAUCAGCAACAUGAUGAUUGUCAAGUUAAGUGAAAUGUUCAAAACAAAGCCAUGAAUGUGUGCUGCACUUAUAAAUGUUUGUGAUGAGUUUUAGAAAAAAAAAAUGUUUAUGAAAUGUUUGUGUUCAUGAAA